AUACACUACGUAUGAUAUUGAUGUUCUAGAACCUGCAUUUUGUAGAAUCCGAACAAACCUAAGGUGAAAAGAACUGUUAGAAGAAAGAAAACAAAUAUACCACUGGAGAUUCAAUCUGAAAUGAAUUGAGGAAAUUUAAAAUGGAAAUAGAUGAUGAAUAUAAACCUGUAUCUUUGUCGGAUUUUUCACAUAUCUGCCGUUUCUGCGCAAAGGGAAAUAAUUUGAAACCUUUGGAAUUGUAUCAGUAUUUAUUGGACUUAUUCAAGGCUAUCACAAAUAUUGAAGUUUCUCACAAAGAUGGACUCCCGGGAAACACUUGUAGCCAGUGUGUUCAAACACUAGAAAAUAUCAUGGAUUUUGUAUACCUUGCAGAAAAUAAUGACUCGAAUCUUAGACAAACCUUAGUGAAUCGGAACGAUGCAGAGAUAGAAUAUGACAAGAUGGUCAUCAGGGGACCUGGAACAGAUGUCAUAUCCUUCCAGAACUUUGCUCACAUUUGCAGAUUUUGUUUACAUGACAACAAUUUAAACCCACUUCAGCAACACAAAUAUCUUUUAGAUGUUAUCAAGAAUAAACUGGCAAUAGAGGUUGAUCCUGAUGACAACCUUCCCCAGAAUAUAUGCAUAACAUGCAUUAAAAUGCUUGAAGGCUUUUCAAAUUUUAUUAUUUCUUCUAAGAAUAAUGACGGAGAUCUCAAACAAGCAAUACUGAAAAUAAAAGUCGAACCUGAUUUUGAUGAAUCUGAUGGAAUGAACCCUUUGCAGACCACAGAUAAAAUCAAAUUGGAGAAUGAAAAUAUUGUAUACAUUAAAACUGAGUUAGUACAAGAUGCCAAUGAACCCAAUUCUAAUGAAGAUGUCGACAAAAGCUCAAUGCAAAUUAACAAUGAAGAUGUCAGUCUAGUUACUGGUUGCGGAGAACAAGAGAACUUAUCAGUGGACCACCUGAAAGAAGAAAUUCAGAGCGAGUGUGAAACUGAGGAGACAGUCAUUAUCAAGCAGGAAUAUGAAAGCAUUUGUCAAGAAGAGGAAAUGAUACCUUCAGAAAAUUGCAAUCGGCAAGAGCCAGUUGCGCAAUUCCAAAAGUACGAAACAGCAAUGAAGGCUCCUGUCAAUCCUGAUCCCAAACCGUUUCACUGUACUUCGUGCCCAAAGUCUUACGCCUACGAAGCCCAGCUGACCAUCCACUAUAGAACUCACACGGGAGAAAGACCCUUUCGAUGCUUGGUCUGCCGGCGGACUUUCGCCCGUAGCAGCAAUCUGAGUGUCCACAUGAAAUCACACGGUGACGACGGCAAGGCUUAUUCUUGUAACACGUGCGAGAUGAGCUUCAACCGAAAAUCUGAGCUGGACGGCCACCUCAGACUUCACGGCGAAAAAAAGUUUCAAUGUACCACUUGCCUCAAACAUUUUGCCAACAAACAGAAUUUGAAUACGCACAUGGAGCUGCAUACUGGACAGAGAGCGUUCAAGUGUCCAGAGUGUCCCAAAGAAUUCUCCCGCAAGCAGCACUUCAAGGUUCACAUCAGGAUACAUAUGGGUGAGAAUCCAUACCAGUGCAAGGUCUGUUUGAAGAACUUUUACAGCAGCUUCAGCCUCUCCAGACACGAGGGAAAGCAGGUGUGCGGGAAAAUGCUCGAGUGUGAGAUAUGCACUAGGAAAUACAUGCGGCUGAAGGAUUUGGAGGCGCAUAAGCGGCUCCACUCGGGAGUAAAGCCCUUCAAGUGCGAGUUCUGCCCCAGGACGUUUUUCCGAGGGUGUCUCUUGAGAGAUCACUUGAAGUUCCACAAUCCUCCAGAGCUGUUCGCGUGCGAGAUUUGCCCCAAGAGUUUUCCGCAUAGAGGCACUCUCAAAAGACACAUGAUGUCACACACAGGUGAAAAACCGUUUUCGUGCUCGCAGUGUUCGCAGACGUUCCUUAUGAAAGAAGACUGGAGGGCGCACGAGAGGAAACACAAGGGAGAAAAUCCAUUCGUUUGCAAUUUGUGUGAAAGUAGCUUCACCAACAAACGUCGUUGGAGAGAACACAAGAAAAUCCACGCCAAAGAGAGACCGUUUGGCUGUCAUGUCUGUUCAAAAAGUUUUCCAACUAAGGUAGAGUUGGAUGACCAUGUCACUACUGCACAUUUGCAGCAGAAGACAAGUUAGGUUGCGCUGAAGGAUAUAAAUGGGGCAUUUUGUACUUCUUGAUAUGAGUGUGGUCAGGUCAACUUAGCUUUUAUUUUAAAAUGGUUGAUUAUACUCUCGAAGAAAUAUAAAUUAUGUUUGACGGUU